UGGUGGACCUGCUGUGUGACGAUGAUGUGGGCAACAUGUGGGAGGCGCUGGAGGAGUACUGCCGGUCAGACAUGAAGCCCACCUACAAGCUCAAGAUACUGGUGCAGCAGUCGGCCUUCAACAGUCCCAAGCAGUCCGGCUCCCAUGCCUCCGGCGGCAGCGGCAGUAACCGCCGUACAGUGUCGUACGACGGCACAGUUGGCGGCGGCGGCGGCGGCGCCGCUGGCACCUCCGCCGCUUCCGGCGGAACCGCUACGGGAGCAGCAGCCCACGGCAGCGGCGGUAGGAGUCAGGUGCCGG